CUCACAGUCUUCCAGGAAAUAUAACUUGAUUGGUUGAAAUGCCUAUGCUUUGCGUCGUCCUCUCAAUCCACCAAUGGCGUGCUGUGAACGCGGGGGUUGUAAUCGUUUGGAUUUGGGUAGAAGGGCAGUUUAUUUCCUGAUAGCGUUUUGCUAUCUAUGUUAUUGAUCUACUGUUAGCUAGCUAGGUAGGUAAUAUGACAUUUUCUUAGCUAUCAGCGUUCAGGUUUUGUGAAACCAUAAAGUCAGCUGUAACGUUAGACAUGGGGGAGCCCAAGACGCCCAAAUUUGGGUCCAUAGAAGAAGAGCUGAGUUUCUGGAAGGAGCAGUCAGACAAACACCAGCAAAGGGCUGAGGAGGCACAGGAGGAGUUGCAGGAGUUCCAGCAAAUGAGUAGGGACUAUGAGGCUGAGCUGGAGACUGAGCUGAAGCAGUGUGAAGCACGGAACAGAGAACUACUUUCCAACAACAACCGGCUACGCAUGGAACUGGAGAACAUCCAGGAGAAGUACGAGGCGCAGCACUCUGAAGCGUUUAGGCAGAUCUCAUUGCUGGAGGGAGACCUGGAAGAGACCACAGCGGUCAAGGACCAACUCCAGAAGUACAUCAGAGAGCUGGAGCAGUCCAAUGACGACCUGGAGAGGGCCAAGAGGGCGACCAUCAUGUCCCUGGAGGACUUUGAGCAGAGGAUGAACCACGUGAUCGAAAGGAACGCCUUCCUGGAGAGUGAGCUGGACGAAAAGGAAAACCUUCUGGAGUCUGUCCAGAGACUAAAGGAUGAGGCCAGAGAUUUACGACAGGAGCUAGCUGUACAGCAGGUCCAGGAGCGACGCCCCCCCAGUAGCCUCUCUAAAGAGAAAGACAGGACCGAAUCAUUGUCACGCUCCACCAUACCGACCACCCCCUCCAAACCACUUGGUACAUUCCCAGCAACCCCAGCCUCAAGCAUUCGUCGAGGGGAUAACCUAACAGGAACUCCACUGACUACGUCGGCUCGCAUAUCUGCACUCAACAUCGUCGGCGAGCUCCUAAGAAAAGUCGGGAACCUGGAGUCCAAGUUGGCGUCUUGUCGAGACUUCGUAUACGACACGUCGCCGAAAAGAUCGGCUCUUCCGUCGUGUCCCGGUACCCCCUCUGCUAUAGAGGGAGGCACAGAGAUCCAGGCCUGCAGCAUGAGCCCUCCACACUACGACAGUUUGGUGAAGCGGUUAGAGUUUGGACCUGCGCCUCCUCGGGGGGUCUCCUCCCACGGCUCCCAGUCACCAUCGGGGGGAGUCAAGAUCCUGCUAUGAAACGAGGGCCUCCCCUGCCCCCCUCCACCACACUGUACUACCCAUCAGUAGGGCUUUAAACUGUGUCCCCCUCUCACUACCAGCUGAACAUCCUCCCCCCGAACCAGGAAGCCGCUCCCUCUAUCAACUUAUUUGCUGCAUGGACUCUGCUGAGAAGAACCGCCGUGUCAUGAUGCUACAGUUUUAUUUUAUUAAUGAAUACUAGAAGUGAGGAUUCCUUGACCCCGCUGCAUGUCCUCCUGCUGAACCCAAGUCCUGCUACUAUACCACUAACACCCGGUCCUUCUUGUACCCACGUUCUCUGAUUGAACUCCAUCUUGGAUUCUUGGUGUGCCAGCUGAGUGAAGUUGGUUGAUAAUUGGCGGUGUUAGCAUUGCUGCCUUUUAUCAAUAUAUCACCACCACAAUGAUUCCUUUCUGUAUGUCCAACUCUCUGAUGUCUGUUCGUAGCUAAGCCACAUGUGCUUAUAGAGGCUAUAUGUGUAAAGUGUCGGAGAUGGUAAGUUAGGCUAGCUUUACCUUUUGGAGAAUGUGUUAUUUCUUUCUUUGUGCUGUUGUCAUCGGCUGUAAAAGUUAAGGAUGGUCUGAAGUUAUGGGUACUACUACUUUACAGGUCAAUGUUUGAGUUAAAAGCAAUGGUUUAUUAAUGUACAAAUAUACAUUUUAAAGGUCUUCUACCUGGUAACUUGAAAAAGUAUGAUCUAUGAGAAAUGCAGACUAGCUAGCCUUAUACCCUGUCAUGCAGUUGCAGAAUGUUUUACAGGGUAGGCAAGAUAUAGGAACAGAAAGUACAUUGAGUUAACCUCUGAGAAUCUCAAAUUUAGUCUAGGUCUUUGGCAAAGACAUUACUUUCCGUUACCACAGUUGAUAAAGUUGCCGUUUAAGUUUUAGAUUUUUUUUCUCUCCAUUUGUUUGAUGGUUUGUAUAUGUUCUUCAUCUUUUACAAGUUGGAGAGUUAUGGGGCACCACUGCACUACUGAAUGUAUAGAAUCUAUAUUACAGAUGUUUCUAAUAGGAAGUGGCCUACAGCUUUGGUUCAGUUUGAGCAGGUAUACCUGUCAAGACUGAUCUAUCAGAUCAGGGAGCUAUCGAAAAUGACAAAAAUAGCAAUAAUAGAUUUGACAGACUAGAGUUUGAUUUUACAGAAUAGGGUUUUGAGAUAAAGCACAGUUCGUACUAUAUUUCCAAAACCAUUAUGGAUGAUGCCUUGGUUACACUGUUAAUGCUGGACGUAUGAAUUCAUUACGUGCUGUUUUAGCCUUUCUUUCCAAUGAGGAGCAAUAGUCCGAUAUCAAGGACGUUACUACUCAACGACAGAUGGAACAUUUGUACUUAUUAGCAAUAUAUAUUGUAUCUCUCACUGGUUUAUAUUGGUUCCAUCCAUAUGUGCUUUAUCCAAUUCCCGUCAUGUUCGUGAUAAAGGAGUUGAUAUGAGACCAGAAUAAUGUCUACAAAACGACUGUUACAUAAGAACAGCUGCUGUUAGUACUCUGCUGUUGUGUGAACUAAGGACCAGGAAGUAGCGUUUGUACUUUUACAACUGUACAUGUAACCGUUUGUGGGUGUGUUACUAACAUACUAACUUCUGUUUGCGUUUACAUUGAAAUGUAUGCACCUGAGGUGCUCAACCUUUUGACCUGUUGGUUUGCAAGCCUUUUUGUAUCAAAAUGAACACAUAAAAUUAACAUUCUAAACAUG